AUGUUUAUGUCAACUCCAAGUCCCGCUGCCAUGUAUGGCUCUACCAUCACCCUCACGAUAUUGAACUGCUUUGUGGUUGCCUUGCGUUUUUACAGAAGAGAAGUACAAAAACAAGAUUUGAGAAUAGAUGACUGGCUCAUAAUUCCUGCACUAGUAAGACACUGUCAAAUCCUUGAGGCUUCCUCAUGAUUUAACCUGAUUAAAUGUGAUAGUUCGUCAACAUUGGCAUCUCUAUCGCCAUGUGGGUCGCUCAGUUCAAGUUGACCUCUAUUCUUGGUCAUACGUGCUAAUCGAAAAUAGGAAUCUCGAAGCACGCGGUAGGCUAUCCCACGCCGCCCGUGACAGAUCCUCUCAAGCUGCGAAGCAUUGCGGGGAGAACGCCACUUGAACAAGUCAACGACACCAUCAGUACGAACUAACAGGUCAGUAUGAAGCCCAAAUUCUAAUUGCGCAGACCUGAUAAUAUUACAGAUCUUCUUUAUUAUCUAUGCGAUGUUCGCAGUCUCAUUGGCAUUCUCCAAGUCCAGCAUUCUAUUUCUGUAUCGACGCAUCUUCUACGUCAAUCGCAAAUGGCUAGAUUUGGCAACUAUCAUCAUACCUUUUAUGAUCGCCAUUGUCGUCAUCUUCGGGAUUAGCAUCAGCUUUGCUACAAUUUUUGCAUGCGGAACACAUGUGAGCUACUGGUGGUCUACAGCCGGCUCCGCGCUCAAAGAACAUUGCAUCGACACACAAAUGCUUACAUACUCCCAUUCGGUAUCGGACUUUUUAAUCGACGUUAUAAUCAUUGCAAUACCAAUCCCGCUAGUAUGGAGAUUGCAUCUGUCUACAAAGCGAAAGAUUGGUGUUAUCGCUAUCUUUUUGACUGCUGUCGUGUAAGCACUUGGUCACAGAUAUUUUAGUCUUGUUGCCGACUUACCGCUGACGAUCUUGUUUUUCUAGAGCACUCUCCGCCUCGUCAAUCAAAAUGCUGUGGUUUCUAUGGGAGAACCAAACACCCUGGGAUCCUUCUUUCGAUCAAGAUGGUACGGACUAUCCUAUCGAUACACUUUUGAAAUUUGCAUAACUGACCUGGAGCAGAACUGUCUAGCACCUUUAUCUUCUGGACUGUAAUGGAAACGCAUGUGGCCCUGAUUGCCACAUGCCUUCCAACACUGCGCAACUGCUUUGGCGAUGGGUUUAACUUCAACUCUACAUGGACUUCUCUCCGUUCUACAUUCAAUGGGAGUUCGCUUCAAACUAUUGCGUCAGGGAGUCAAAAGGGGAAAACGAGUCAAGAUAGUGCAUCAGCAGAAGAAGCUGGUCAGGUUCAUAGCCAAACUGGGUCAAUUGUAUGA